AUGACCGACAUUUGCGAGACGCUCGAAAACAUGAACCGCGCGCUCGCGGGGAUCGCCUUCCCGACAGGGUGCUCGAUCAACCACGUCGCCGCGCACUGGACGCCUAACUCGGGCGACAAGACCGUGCUGCAGCACGGCGACGUCUGCAAGAUCGACUUUGGGACGCACGUCAACGGCCGGAUCAUCGACUCGGCCUGGACGGUCCACUUUGACCCGACGUUCGACCCGCUGGCGGCGGCGGUCAAGGAGGCGACGAACACGGGCAUCGCGGCGGCCGGCAUCGACGCGCGGCUGUGCGACAUCGGCGCCGCCGUCCAGGAGGUGAUGGAGUCGCACGAGGUUGAGAUUGGCGGUAAGACCUUUCCGGUCAAGCACUCGAUCGGGCCGUACCAGAUCCACGCAGGCAAGAGCGUCCCCAUCGUCAAGGGAGGCGAGAGCACGCGCAUGGAGGAGGGCGAGCUGUACGCCAUCGAGACCUUUGGCUCGACCGGCAAGGGCUACGUGCGCGAGGACCUCGAGUGCUCACACUACAUGAAGAACUUUGAUGUGGGGCACAUCCCGCUGCGGCUGCCCAAGGCCAAGAGCCUGCUCUCCUUCAUCAACAAGAACUUCGACACGCUCGCCUUCUGCCGCCGGUGGAUCGACCGCGCCGGCGAGGAGAAGUACCUGCUCGCGCUGCGCAACUUGUGCGAUGUUGGCAUCGUACAGCCUUACCCGCCACUCUGCGACAUCAAGGGGUGCUACACGGCUCAGUACGAGCACACGCUGAUACUGAAGCCCACCGGGAAGGAGAUCCUGUCGAGGGGAGACGACUACUAAAUGGUUCUACAGGUCAACGGGGCAGGUCAGCCUCACACGCACGUCGACUAGUCCGCCAAAUCUUUGCGUCUCUUCUCACUUCUGUGAGAAUUUUCACGAGGCAGAGCUUGUCGUGAGAACUGCUGCUUAUUUUACGCGUUCACUGCAUACACACGAUUAAACGAACCCCGUCAGUGCUUAGUGCUUUGAUCUCAUGACAAUACGCGUU